AUGAGUGUGUUGGGCAAGAUCUUGUACUACUUGAGAACCGUGUUGGCCGUACUGGUGCUUUCAGGCUGCGGUCUUUAUGGUGUAGUGGCCUCUAUCUUUUGCACGUUAAUCGGUAAGCAGCAUUUGGCGCAGUGGACGACUGCCCGUUCCUUUUACUAUGCCAUGAAACUGGUGCUCGGCCUUGACGUUAAGGUCACAGGCGAGGAGAAUCUGCUUAAGAAGCCUUAUAUCAUGAUUUCCAACCAUCAAUCCACUUUAGAUAUCUUUAUGUUGGGUAGGAUCUUCCCACCUGGUUGUACGGUUACUGCCAAGAAGUCGAUGAAAUACCUCCCAUUUUUGGGUUGGUUCAUGACUUUGAGUGGUACUUAUUUCUUAGACAGGUCCUGUAGGCAGCAAGCCGUGGAGACUUUGAAUAGAGGGUUGGAAAACGUUAAGAAAAACAAACGUGCCCUAUGGGUUUUCCCUGAAGGUACCAGAUCUUAUACAACUGAUUUGACAAUGUUGCCCUUUAAGAAGGGUGCCUUCCAUUUGGCGCAACAGGGACAUAUCCCCAUUGUCCCAGUGGUUGUUUCUAACACCAGUACUUUGACUAAUCCUAAAUAUGGGGUCUUCAACAGAGGUUGUAUGAUCGUUAAAAUCUUGGAACCCGUUUCUACUGAGAAUUUGACCAAGGAUAAAGUCGGCGAGUUUUCCGAACAGAUUAGAACCCGUAUGCUUGAUACAUUGAAGGAAAUCGGUUACUCUCCAGCUAUCAACGAUACCACCUUACCGCCAGAGGCUCUCAAGUAUGCUACUCUUCAACAAGAAAAAAGAAAGGCUGCUAUAAAGAAUGGGUCCGUGCCUUCUGAUGACAUGAACGAAGACGUUAGUGUCCAUCACGAAGGGUCUUCCAUGAAGAAGAUGCAUUGA